AUUAAUGAUCAUUGAACAUGAAUAGUUGGCAUUCGCAAAAAAUUCAAAACGAAACAAAAGCAUCUACAGAGCAUGACUCAAUGAACAAGCAAGUUGAAACCUCUCCCUCCGAAUUAUAUAUUCUCUUUCUCUUCUUCACACUUCACAGCAUGCAAAACUCGAUUCUAUCUUUCUGUUUAUCUCUCUAAACUUUGAUAAAAUUUUCCACGUUUUGUUUUUUGUUUCCUCUAUUAGCUUGUUGAUCAAUUAGGAUAUGCUACAAGGGAAUUUGGAAACACUGGUUUCAGCCUGUGCCGGCGGUUCUAGUGACCGGAAAAUCGCCUGCGAGACACUUGCCGACGAUCACAAAACGGAUCCGCCAGAGCGUCAUCCCGAUUCUCCGCCGGAGUCAUUUUGGCUCUCCAGAGAUGAAGAAACCGAGUGGUUCAAUCGCAACGCCGUUUACGAGCGGAAAGAAUCCACCAAAGGAAACUCCAAUUCAACAAACUUAAACCCUAAUUUCAACUCCUAUUCGAAUUCUCAGCGUUUCUCUUCGAAUCUCAAAUCUAAGACAUCAAUGAUUGGCUUGCCUAAACCUCAGAAACCUUCAUUCGUCGACGCUAAGAAUCUUCGCAACCACAAGCCUAGCAACAUUAGGUUGUUCCCUAAGCGGACCGCCUCCGUCGGAAAAUCAUCCGUUGAACCGUCGUCACCGAAGGUGUCUUGCAUCGGGAGAGUCAGAUCCAAACGCGAUCGAAAUCGGAAGUUGAGCUCCGCUGAAAAUGAAACCGUCACCGUCAAAGAAAAACCAGUGAGAACAGGGAAAAAACACAGUUUCUUUGAAAGUUUUCGUGCUAUUUUCCGCUCCGGUCGAAGAAAUAAACCGGAUCAUAGAACCGAUUAUCCGGCGUUCGAUUCAUCUGUGACGAACACGAACAGCGUGAGUAAUUCGAAAGCGCGGAACAGCACGGGGAGUGUGAACGACGUGUCGUUUGUGGAAUCGGUAUCGAGAAAUAGCGUUUCAGAGAGUGAACCGGCCGGUUUGGGUGGGAUGAUGCGGUUCACGUCUGGGAGGCGUUCUGAGUCGUGGGGUGUAGAUGAAUCGGAAAUCCACGUGUCGCGAUAGUAUUCGUGGUUGGUAACCGUUCCGCGACGGCUACUGUGAGGUGGGGCCCUUAGAUAAACAUCACUCGACUCGCGAGCAUUCGCGUGGGACCCAAGCGUGUGGAGAGAAGAGACGUUCUAAGCGUGAUGUGGCGCGGAAGUUGCUCCGUUACUGUUCGGAACUUUUUGUUUGUUGUGUACAGUGUGAUUUUAUUUUGCUGGUGAUAAUAUUUUUUAUACACUAUAUUAGAGCGACAAGUUUUGUAAUAUACAAAAGCCAUGAGUGUAUUUUUAUAUCAAAAAUAUCUGCAACCGUUAAUAUUUCAA